UAUUUAAAAAAUAUCGUCAAAAACUAAUUUAACUUGAUAAUGUUUCAUAAGACAUUAAUUUAACUUUAUAAAAUAAAAUUUAAGUCAAUCGGACGAACAAUCCUAAACCGAAAUGUCCGAUCAUAAAUAUUAAAGCUUAUUAUAAGCUUAAUGGUAAAAUAUGAAAGUAUAUUACAUAAUAUGGUUACGUUGAUCAAUUUUAGAUAAAAAUUUUUAAGCAAUUCAAAAAUGGCCGCCAUUUUAUCCGAACUUUUUUCCAACAAAUGUAAUGUAAAAUAAAUAUUUUAUUUUACAACCACGCUUUUUGGAUGAUGUUUCUCACAUUUCCCAUAACCAUAAACUUGUAUUUCACGCGAAUAUUAUUUUUUUUAUUUUAAUUAUUAAUUUAUUUGUUUUAAUUUAGGAAAAUAUAGAUCUUAUGAAACGUUAUAAAGCCCUAUUUUGUAGAAUCAAGGAUAUGAAUUUAAAAAAAAUCAAUAAUAGUUUGGUAUGCAAGAUGGCGGUCAAAAGAAUUUGAGGGCGAAAUCCCGACUGAAAAUCCUUUCUAAAGUAGCUCGUGUUAUUUUAAAGUAGCACUUUGCGACAUAAGAUUUCGUAAAACAGCUUAAUUUAAUUUUCUAUAAAUAAUUUUUGGUUUUUUUUUUGUAAUUAUAAAAAAAAUAUUUGCAAAAUUUUGUAAAUGAUUGGAUAUAUUAAGAAUUUAUUCAAUGACGAAAAGAGAAAAAGGUAUGGAUUAUCCUAUGACAUGUCGUCACGAAAUCUUUUUGCAGAAGUUAAUCUUUCAAUGGUGUAACAUCUUUUAUAAAAUGACCCAAAAUCAUACGUGUAUGAUGAAAAUGCUUUUUUGUUGCAGGAAAACCAGAAAAAAACGUGUAAAAACGUUUUCUGGACUGAAUAUCUCAUAUACCACGUCUCUAGAAAAUCGUGUCAGUGUUCUUUAGAUGAGGCAUUGCGGUAACGGCCAAAUUGAAAAUAAACAAGGAGCUUGUCAAAAAAAACCUGUCAAAUGUUAGUGAGAAAGAAACUAUCUACCAUAGACUCGUAAUAGUAAUGUGCGAGUCUACCUGAGGCUCGCAGAUUGAAACUGCGAACCAUUUCACUCGCAUUCACAAAAUGCGAAAAAUUUUUCUGUGUGUACUGCGAUGACAGAACAACGAAGAAGAAGAAGAAGACUUAACGGCUGAUUUUUGUUUGUGCGGCGAGUUUUUGAGAAAAUUCUCACGGAGGAGAUUGAGAAAAAUCUCUAAUUUUCUUGACUUUUCCACAAUGAAUAUAAUCUGCCCAAUUUGCACAGAGUGUGUCCUACCAAAUGAAGAUCUCUGUGCCAAUUCCUGUGGGCAUGUCUUCCACUAUCCGUGUAUCCGGCAGUGGAUUGAGAGAUCCAAAACCUGCCCAACAUGCCGAAAAUUGUGCUCAGACAAACAUCUCAUUCGGAUUUAUUUCACCGUGUCCACGACGGAGUGCACAGAGCAGGAUGUUGUGAAUUUGGAGCGGAAACUUGAGAUUCUCAAUCAGAAUUACCAGGAAACAGCUAAAGCACAUGAUCAAAUGCAGGAAGAACUAAAGACGCUGCGGAGUGAAAAGAGGAAAUCCGCGAAGACCAUCAUUGCCCUGGAGGACAAAUUAACGGGGAAAGAUUUUGCCUUGAGAUCUGCAGUUAGCAAGCUUAAAAGAGCCGAAGAAGAACUCCUGGAAUUGCAGGAAGUAAAGAAGGAGCUUUCAACGCUAAAGGAGCAAAUGGAUCAAGUGCAGGCAAUUGAAAUAAUGCUGACUGCCAAUCAAACGGAAGUUCAGGAUUUGCUGACAAAGCAGCCAAGUCAUAAAACAUUAGCCUACAUGGUGUCCAAUCUCAAACGGGACUUGGUUAAGAGUUUAACAUCCCAGAAGGAUACUCAGAACAUCCUAAUAAAGACCAAAAACGCUCUAAAAGAGGAAAGAGAACGUGCAGAGAGCCUCCAGCGCCAGGUAAGUUCGCUGGAAAGUGAAAAUUUUGACCUACAGCGACAGUUGAAGAGCAAAAGGCAACGAGAGGAUGAUGAGGAGGAAGAGAAUAAGCCUGAAAAGAGAAAAUCCAGUGAUGCUUCAUUUAAUUCCUCUUCGGAAUCUCCCAUGGAAGCUGACAGUGAUUCUCCGUAUUUACGCAUCCAGUCCAGCGCUGUUGGCCUUACUCCCAUCCUGCACAAGCCAACUCCUAAAACAUACGUCAGGAAAACCUCCUUGAAUGCCUUCAAACCAUCACGGGAGAAUCUCCCGAAGGAUUUAAUGGAACAAACAAUCUUCAAAUUCCACCAUCGUCCGGAACCGCAGGGAAUAACUCUGUCCAAUAGCUCCUCAUCGUACAUCUCUGACGGAAUGGGGGGACUCGAGAAGAAGGAACACUUCCCGGAAUUUCCAUCACGCACCAAAUCCACGACAGAUCUCAAUUCCACCUCAAUCCGGAAUCGCAUCAAGAGUGGAAUUUUGAAGAAUCCCACAAAGAAAUCAUAAAAAUUGUGAAUUAUAAGAACUUUUUUUUCCAUUCA